AUGUAUCUACGAUUGAAUAUACAAAGAGAACUCUUCUUUUUGUUUCUUUACACUAUUAUCUGCAACUUGGCUUUAAUAAAUGCAGGAGCCACUUUAGGAUAUUCCUCCAUAGUACUUCCAAUACUGGCAAGUAAUAGGUCAUCAAUAACUUUAAACGCAGUGGAGAUAUCUUUUUUCGCUUCCACGAUAUCUAUCUCCCAAAUUAUUGGUUGCCUGUUAUGUCUUAUCAUAAUGAACUAUGGAAGACGAUGUAACAUGAUAGUAUGUGGUGUAAAUUUUUCUUUGGGAUGGAUCCUCAUUGCGAGUAGUUAUAAUGUGAUACAACUCUUCAUCGGUAGGAUGCUAACAGGAAUUGCAAUAGGUAUGUGUGCAGCUUCUGUUGGAAUAUAUUUAGCAGAAAUCUCUAUUACUUCAUGGAAAACAGUCAUUACGGUUACUCCGAAUAUAGCUCUUACCACCGGAAUUCUGAUCGUUUAUCUUCUAGGAUUUGUUCUACAGAACGAUUGGAGGUUAAUAGCAGCAUUUUUUUCCAUACCCUCCAUAUUGUUUGUCCUAUGCAAUAUUUUCUUCAUCCGCGAAAGUCCUGAGUGGUUGCUCUUGAAAGGCCGAAAGGAAGACGCUAGAAUUGCUCUACUUUGUAUCCGUGGUCUGCGUCAGGAAACUACAGAGUUCCAAGAAGAGUUUACCAAAAUGACAAACUAUGUCGAGAAAAAUAAAUUUGAAAUAUCUCAAAAUUGCCGAACAGAUUUCUCCUCGACUAAAGAAACCGGACAGAAGUUUCUUACUUGGAAUGUGUGGAGCAUACUAAAGAGAAUUUGGAGAACAAUCCUUCUACCAGAAGUGUGGAAACCUUUUGUGAUACUAAAUCUCUAUUUACUUUUUCAGAAGCUUUGUGGACUGUAUGUGAUUAUAUUUUAUACCGUUGAUCUUAUCACCAGACUCAACAUAACAAUAGAUCCAUUUUUGAUCGCCGUAAUAGUAGGAGUAAUUCAAUUAGUAGGCAUUGUAAUCACUGCGUGUUGUAGCAAAAGAAUUGGUCGUCGAACUAUUUCGAUUGUGUCUGGUGUUGGUAUAUCAAUUUCUUUGAGCAUUUUAGCAGUGUAUCUGCAAUUUUUUGAGAACAUUAGUAUUACAACUAUUCCUAUUGCUUGUAUCCUUUUCUAUGUGGGUUUUGGAUCAUUUGGAUUUUUUUCGAUUCCUUGGUCCAUGAUUCCGGAACAGUAUCCUACCAGAUAUGUGAACGUUCUCGGGCAACUUACUACUUUCAUCUCUCUUGUGGGCAGCUACAUCGUCAUACAAUUGUAUCCAGUAAUGGUAACGCAUAAUAGAAAUGCUACCAUUUAUUUUUACUGCAUAAUGUCUAUCAUUGCUACUAUUUUUCUAAUGAUUGCUUUACCGGAGACACUGGGGAAGACGAAAACACAGAUAGAAGAUGCUUUUAGAGAUUACAAGUUACAGAUAGAUGAAAACAUUGAAGAUACAUGUUAA